AUGACGGACCCAGUGGAAAAGAUAUCGGAUGUGGAGAAGAUAUCGGAUGUGGAGAAGAUGAAGCGGUGCACGAUAAUCGACUUUGGUGAACAGGAUCGCAUUGAGCUGUCCCCAGCUCGUGCUCCCAACACCAUGCUACGUCUCAAUGGGCUCAUUCCUUCUAGCAACAAUGCUUACCACUCCAUUUCCAUUGCUAAUGGAGCAUUCCGGCCUUGGACUCGGCAUCCACAGAAUAUUAUACCGGAUCACGACAACGAUGCCGACGAGGAUGAAGAUUCUCCUGAUGUAACUCGACACGAGGGGACACUAUAUCGGUACCGCGUCAUGAAACUGCCUGACAUAGAUCCUCGGGACGAUCGUACGAGUCAGGAAGUCAUGGUUCAGGAGGACCAUUGGGUCGAACAGAUGUUGCUCGCUGUCCACAAUGAAGGCAUUCAGGAUAACUCGACUCGGAAGGCGGCAUGUGUUACAACAGGCGCUGGAGGUUAUGUAGGUCGAAUAGGAUCAAGUGCAACUGCCGCUUGUUGUUCCUUGCCAUCAUCGACCGCUGCGUUAAUGGUUUUCGGGGGCAUUUCACGGAUCGGGCCCGCGACAAAGAUCACAAAUUCUCAUCGGACAAUCAACUUGGCUAAUGACAUGCUCACUACUUCGUUUUCUGCGAGCAAAUCUCUAAAUAAUUACGAUCUGGAUGGGUUUGAGGACGAAUCCCGAGGGACUAUUGAGAUUUCCUCCGACGCUGAUAAUAACGAGAGCGAUGACGACAAUGUUAACGAGGACAAGUAUUCUGAGAAUGAAGAGGACAUCAUCUCUAAGAUUGUAAAUGACCACAUCGAAGAUUUCGUAGCAGACGGAUUCAACCAGCAAGACUUCAGCCAUAUCAUCGCUCACGAGACAGGCCGAGACACCACUAACAACCGCCGCUCCGACACCACCCAAUGGCCCCUCGCCCGCAAUACUCAGGAGUACUCCCACGGCACCAGCCAGCGCAAUGACGGCCGCCAACACGAGCAGGAUAUGAAGGAAGCCGCGAAUCUAUUGGACUACGAGCUUCGAGAGGUACAGCGCAACGUCUCUCAGGGUUCCAACGUCAACUUCCACCUGGAAGCGAUUCAUAACGCCUUGGUACCACCCCGCAAUCGUGUCCGCUCAGCGCAAGGCUUCAACCGCACUGACAGCCGUCCCUCCGAGGCCACUCAGGUUCCCCUUCACGACAAAAUUCAGGAGCGCCCUCACGACACCGCUCCCGACCACGAGGCUCCCGCCUCUUGGGCAGAUGUCUAA